AUGUUUUCCAUAACCACAAUCAACCACAAAACCCAAGAGACACAUCAUCCAUUAUUACUAUUGACGAACCGGGAAGGAUACAAAUAUCUUUUCGGAAAAGUAUCAGAGGGAUCACAAAGAGUGCUCAAUGAGAACAAAGUCCGCUUGACGAAGCUCAAAGGGGUGUUUUUAACGGGUACUUUGACAGGAUGGUCAGAAAUCGGUGGACUACCGGGAUUGUUUUUAACGAUAAGUGACGCUACAAAGAAGGACAUUGAUGUUUACUCCACAUCCAGUGCAAUUUUAAGCUAUAUAGUUGCUACCUGGAGAUACUACGUGUUUCGAAAAGGAGUAGAGCUCAAGAUCAACGAUGUGGACGAUGGAAAGUUGAUCUCCGACAGCAACAUUUUAGUGAAACCUAUCAAGAUUGCACUGGCACAUUCAGCGGAGGCAGACAUAAUGGUGCGUAGACAAUUGAAGAAGUUGGUGUCGUUGAUGUUUCCGCUUGACACCAGCAAAGCCAAUGAUAGAGACCCUUCUUCCUAUAAAACAGAUCCAGCAGACCAAGAUAUCCAAACUCAUGUUUCGAUAUCAGAUUUGGAGUUGCAAGCUGGCCUGCAAAAGGCCAUGAACUACCUCAUAAGAUUCCAGCUGCUUCGAGGAAAGUUCAAUCCGGUCAAAGCCAAAGAGCUAGGAAUAGUGAAGGGAACAGAUUUUCGAGACUUGACUCAGGGAAUUUCUGUGACUAAUCCGCAGGGAGAAGUUGUUACUCCUGACCAGGUUGUUGGCGAACCGAAAUACUUCAAAAAGGUGUUGAUGCUUGAUGUUCCUAAUAGCAGUUAUUUGGAGAAUGUGUACAAGUGCACUUCAUGGUUCGAAAAGAACGACUCAGACUUGGGCCAGGAGGACAUUGGUGUGGUAUACCACAUUUUAGGCGACGAUAUCAACUUCCGGCUGAAAGAGUAUAUUGAUUUCAUCAACUCAUUUCCUUCUGACUGCAAGCAUAUCAUCAGUCACCAAGAGUUAUCCAAUAACACAAUCGUAUUCAAGACAUUCGCGAGCAAUCUUUUGAAAUUAAGGGCCAUUCAAAGAGAUCACUACAACUUGCCGUGUAGUGAACCAUAUGAUGGAGAUGGUAUCAACAAACUUCAUCUGAUGCAACAACUUAAUAUUGGGGCUGAUGGCUUCACUUUUGACAAUUCUAACAUCUUUGACCUGAACUGGUCUCGGAUGUAUGAUGAGCAUAUUGAGCCUUUACAAAUAGAAGGGGCCGAUAAACAAACAGUCAUCGACCCCACACCUUUACCUCUCGGGUUAACCCGUGGGUCUCUCAAAGACAACGUUCAUAUCACCACAUUGGGUACGGGUUCAGCUCUACCCUCACUAUACCGUAAUGUGCUCGCCAAUUUGGUAAGAAUCCCUAUCAAGAAUCAUGAAACAGGUGAAGUAGAGUACAAAACAAUCCUUUUAGAUGGUGGUGAAAACACCCUCGGAUCCUUGUUGAGAACCUUUGGUCAUAAGGAUCAAUAUCAGACGAUUUUACAAGAGUUGGGAAUGAUAUUUUUAAGUCAUUUGCACGCUGACCAUCAUUUGGGGUUGGUGUCCAUACUCAAUAAGUGGUUCGAAGUCAACAAAUACAACGACAAAGUACUUCACUUGGUGCUUCCGUGGCAGUUUAAUCACUUUAUUGCCGAAUGGUAUAAGUUGGAGACACAAACGAUAGACCUUUCUCGAAUCAACUAUAUUAGUUGUGAGGACUUCUUACACGGACGUACUCCGGAAUACUCCAAGAUAUCUAUUGAGACCUUUGAAGAACAAUUUGAUAGAGGAAACCUAAAAAUCAAUAUUCCAAGGGCCCGCCUUGAGUCCAUUGACUUCACCCUGAUCAACAAGAUGUAUAAAGAUAUGAAUAUGGUGGGACUCCGUACCUGCAGAGCCCUUCACUGUUACUGGUCAUACUCCGUGUCAAUUGAGUUUCAAAUCGACGUUAACGAAACCUUUAAAGUAUCGUUUUCAGGUGAUACUAGGCCUAACCCAUCUUUCGUAGAAAUUGGACUUGGGUCAGACCUUUUAAUCCAUGAGGCGUCGCUAGACAACGAGUUAAUCGAGGAGGCGAUUGCCAAAAAGCAUACUACUAUGAUCGAGGCUGUCAACGUUGCAAGGUACAUGAACUGCCCCAAAUUGAUUUUGACCCAUUUCAGCACCAGAUACUCCAACGGGGCUAAUUUUGUUAGCGGGAAAGAGGAGUUCAACAGGCUAUCAAACGAACUAAAAACAUAUUUGAACACCUAUAAAGAUGUUAACAACAUAUUCCUACUCGAGGAUGUAAUUAAUACCCCAAUUCGGGACUUUAACGACAUGGAGAUCUUAUUUGCGUUUGAUAGCUUAAUUACCCGGUUGAGCCAAGUUGGAGAUCAAAAAACUCAUAUGAACCGUAUAAACAAAAUAUUUGAUCUGGGCUCAGGUGACAUAGACGAGAAAGAAUUGGACAAGUCCAGAGCCAAACGAGAGGUCAAGCGUGCACAACGACUUUCACUCCAAAAAAAACGAAAAACUAGUAGUGACGAAGAAGGUUUAUAG